CCAACAUGUACCUGCCUACCAACAUUGUAGGUACUAUGUAAUUCAUAGGUAGUUCAGAUACACAAAAUAUCUAUUCCUUACUCCAUCCAUCUCAGAUACCCAUCCUGGUUAUUCAUCUAUCUUCCACUUCUUGUCAACAUCUUGACCAAUCCUUAUAUAAUUUGUCGCGAUCAAAAUCUGCCCCAAGCGUUCCGUCUAGCAUAUCAAUGAUCUUCCAUGUCAGCGCCAAGUUCCCCUCUUCGAGAGUCUAACGGCGCAGCCCAAGCCGCCGCCGUAGCUCCUCCGCGCCUCUCCUCCACCACUGCGGCUACGUCAAAUCCCGAACUCGACCUCCAGAAACUCCAGUCGCUUCCCCCUGAGCAGCAAGACCUAUUCUUGUUAAACUUCGUCUCUUCUCUAAGCAAACAUGUUCAUGACUUGCCAGCCGACGACUGUACCGCACAGCAGUUCUAUCUCAAGAAAGAGGUUUUCCAAAUCAUCAACCUCUCUACGCCCUCUCCUAGCCGAGUAAUAAGAAUCAACCUUGGCAAGAUACUUGCACAUGUAUUCGGCCAUGGCGAUAGGAAGUUGCUUUUCGAUACUAUAAACGAGCUGGUCUCUAUAAUAUCUGGUGGGAAAUCUAAAACUGAAACCGAAAUUAGGACGAGGCAUGCUGCUGUUAGUUGCCUGGGCGAUAUAUAUGCUGCCGCCGGCGAUAGCGCCAUUGGCUUGCACCAAUUGGCAUGUGGCGCUCUAGUAAAAGUGCUCAAGUCGUCUCAGACGCAUGCUGGGUUGCGCGCCGCCGUCCUCGUUUCCCUGGCCAAAAUUGUCGGUAUGGUACAAACAAGCUUAGACGAGAGUAUUGCCAGGGACAUUUGGAAGCAAGCACGCAGUGCUGCAUCUGGCGACAAGGGCGCUCUAAUCGUCGUGUCUGCUUGCCGUUGUUUAAGGGCAUUAGUUAAACAUACAUCGUGUUUUGAGGAUUCGGGCGACUUUGAGAAUCUUAAGUCCACCAUCUUCAAGACCGUUGAUUCUAGUUCUUCACACGUAAGACAUGCCGCUGCUGAUUGCCUUGCUGAGGCCAUGGUUAAGAACCAUUCCGAGUCCGCACCUAGCGCCGGUCCCCUAUCGAAGAUCAAGAAGCCGAAGCCCAAAUCUCUCAAAAGAGCUUCCACCCAGCAAAGCGUUGUUCUCGAUGAGGACGAGGACGUUCCUUCGCGCCCUGGAAGCCCGGCACCUGGCAAAAAAGGCCAAGAUCUCAUAUUGUCGUUAAAUGACAUAUUUAAAACUCUAACAACUCAGUAUGUCCGACUAUCGACUACAAACAGGGCCAGGGCAGCUAUCGGCGUCUGCUACGGGAAGGUUUUGAAACGGUUAGGAGAGAAUUUUGUCGAAUCCAACUAUCUAAAAAUUACAGAGAAUUUGACUGUUGAUCUGCUGGGUCAUCAAAACAUAGUCAACAAUCGAUAUAGACUCCUUAUCUCACGCCGAAUUGUCGAUACCAUCCUCCAGGUCGUAAUAGGUCGCAAGAUUCUUGGUGAAUCGGGGCAAAUGACUGUAGCAAAGAUGCUCGUCAAUGACAUAUUUAAGAACUACCCUCAGGCGCUCAAGGAACGGCCCGAACCGACGAAACAUACCCUGAUCGCGGCCCUUGGUGCCGUCGCCUCGCUCAUCAGGUCCCUUGGAUCUGCUGCAAACAACUUCGCGGAAUCCUGCCGAGAUGGGCUCUUGCAGGUGCUUCAACAUCCCAGUUAUAGUGUCCAGGUGUCUGCUUCUUAUUGCAUGAAAACAUUUGUUUUGGCGUGCCCACAGCAACUCCUACCAUGCCUCUCCGUUUGCAUGAAUAGCCUUAGUAGGGAAUUAUCUCUUCUUGGGGGCGCGCGAACCUCACCGAGACGAUGCAUUGGUUUCGCUCAUGGGUUAGCCGCUGCUUUGAGUGCUAGCCCGGCUCGCCCACUAUACGGAUCCCUUGAUAUCAACAACCGAGUCUAUUCGAUGGCUACCAAUCUCCUUAAGUCCAGUGGCCAGUCUGAGCUUCGCGUCUCGAGUACCCAAGUUCAAGUUGCUUGGAUUCUUCUUGGGGGUCUUAUGUCUUUAGGGCCCAACUUCGUCAAAAUUCAUCUCUCACAGCUGCUCGUCCUCUGGAAGAAUGCCCUGCCAAAACCGCUAGCUAAGGAUAACUUCGCUCAUCGCAACAUCCUCGAGGUUUCCUACCUAACACACGUCAAGGAGUGCGCAUUAGGUUCUAUCCUCUCGUUCCUUCAGUCCAACAGUCGUUUGUUAACAGUUGACGUAUCGAAGCGGAUCGCUACAAUGCUCCAGAACACGAGCAUGUUUCUCAGGAUGCUCCCCUCGAAAAAAACCACCGACGAUAUUUCUCAAAGAUUGACGCCUGCAUUGCAAUUGCAGGAUCUCGAUAUGAUGGUCCAGCGACGAGUUCUGCAAUGCUACAUCACGCUGGUGAAUCAAAGCCCAGCCGGGGGCAGCGAGGCGCUCUUACAAUCCAAUCUUCUUACCUUGGCUAUAUCUCUGUUCGCCGAUCCGGAGAAUUAUGCGGCUAACUCGCUAAGCUCGUCCAUUGCCAAUGCUGCAGGUACUUUUGAGACCAUCUGGGACGUCGGUGAUAACUCUGGCUUCGGAGUAAAUGAUUUGGUGCGCGGCUUUGGGGUCAAGAGACUCCCCGGGGAAAAGGAAGACACGGCUGAUAGUCCGCGGAUGGACGAAACUGACCCGGACAAGAUGAUUGAUGACCUCCUACUAUCGCCGAUUUGCCCUUCGCUGGAGCAUGACGCCGCUGUGCUCUAUGUGGGCGAACCGGACCCGUCCUUGAAUCUCCCAGAUCCUCCGGCUACCGAAGUCGUGAACAUGGCAAUCCAGCUAUUUGCUUUCGUCUUCCCGCUCACUCCGGCCAAGGUCCAGGAGAGCGUUCUUGAACAAAUCGCCACAUUCAUCUCGGCUGGGUCUUUGCAGCGCGACCCUGGCCGUAAAGCGGCCAUCAACGUCAAUGUUGCCAGCGCUCUAUACCUUACAUUGAAGGUCGCAGUCAAGGAGACAUUGUCCUUGCCUGGAAAUGUCACCAACUUGGCGGUGGAGAAGCUUCUGCAGGAAAUGGCCAGGGGCUUCGUCGUUGAUCCGGAUCAGUACAUUCGCAGCUUGGGUUACGGCACCGUUGCCCGGCUCUGCAAUGCGUGCGGCAACGCGUUUACGAAUCACGAGAUUAAGUACCUAGUUGACACCAUCGUGAGCGACCGGGAGCCUAGUGCUCGUGCGGGAUGCGCUAUGGCUCUGGGAUCUAUCCAGGCGAAGGUGGGUGGUAUGGGCGCAGGGUAUCAUCUCAAGACUAUCACCAGUAUUUUGAUGUCAUUAUGUAACGAUCCGCAUCCAACGGUGCAUUUCUGGGCACUUGAAGCGUUGGCUGACGCUGCAGACGCCGCUGGCCUUGGUUUUUCGCCAUACGUCUCCGGCACGCUGGGUAUGGUAUCCCAACUUUAUCUUUCCGAUACUCACCACCCAGAAGUGUCUUCUGCUAUCUCCAUGAGUCUAGAGAUGGAACUAUCUACUACAGCUGCUAUCACACGUUGUAUUGACUCCCUGGUCAAUGUUGUAGGCCCGGAUUUACAAGACUCGACCAAAUCACGUGAAUUGAUUCUCACUCUUGUCGAUCAGCUGCAAGACGAGGAAGAUAUUCUCGUUCAGCGUGAAAGUCUAGGGUGCUUAGAGCACCUCUCCCUAUACGCUCCAGGACAUAUGGUAUUUGGUGAUUAUGUCAAGACGCUACAGAAGUACCUCAACUCCGAAACCCCUGGCCUUCGUGAUGUUGCGGUCGAUGGCCUUUAUAACCUGAUGAAAAGGGAUUCUCGUGAUGUACUAGAAGCAGCAAACCCGGGUUUCGAGGACCAACUAUGGCUCGUUCUAGACGUGUCGCCUAGCCAUGAUGGAAUCCGCAAUGUUGUUCGGAACUGGUUACGUCAGACCUCGUUAACAGAGACUGGAUCAUGGCUUCUCCGUUGCCAAAACGUGCUCAAGAUGACGCGGCAAAAACCCGUUGAAGACCCACGCAGUAUUAUCAGAAGGCCAACCGCCGCCAUCGACUUACAAGACGAGGAAGUUGCUGGAUUUGCCGCAGCCGCCGGCGCCGCUAAAGAUGACAAAGACGCGGUCUCAAGCUCAGAAAUGGAGCCCUUGCGCUGGCAGGUGAGGACAUUCGCAAUGAGUUGUCUCAACGACAUAUUCUUGUUGAUCGGGAAAGACGUUGCCACAAAUGGGGAGUCGCCCGCACAGUCUGCUCUCCAGGCUAGGAUUGCCGAUGUUAUCCGGAUGGCUUUUUCGGCAUCGACGUCCAGCGUAUUAGAGCUGAGAAUAUGGGGCUUGAAGAUUAUUGGUGCUGUUCUGAGGAUGUUUGGCAAAGCGCCAGACCCCGAUUUUGACGAAGCAAUGCUCCUGGAACAGUAUCAAGCACAGAUCAGCUCGGCCUUGACUCCUGCCUUCGCUGCUGAUUCUUCCCCUGAGCUUGCCGCGGAAGCCGUGAAUGUGUGCGCCGCAUUUAUCUCCACGGGCAUCGUAACUGACGUCGAUCGGAUGGGUCGCAUCUUAAAGACGCUUGUCACUGCCCUCGAGAACUUUUCGACGGAGACAGAGAAUGUUGGAAUUGGUGAUCUCAAGGGUUUAAGCUCCAACGCUCAAGUGAUGGUGAAGAUGUCAGUCUAUUCAGCAUGGGCCGACCUCCAGGUUGCCAGUUCAGAGCAGAGAUACCUGCUUGAAGUACUCAAACCACAUAUUGGCACGUUAACGCCGUUAUGGCUAGCUUCUUUGCGGGAAUUCGCUCGGUUGAGGUUUGAGCCAGAUAUCUCGAUGACUCUGGGGCCUCCAUCUAUGUCAGGAAGCCUGGAUACGAUCUACGCCGCACUCAACAGAGAAACGCUUUUAAAAUUCUACCAGGAUUCCUGGCUGAAACUCGUUGAUGCUAUCGCAAGCCUGAUUGAACAAGAUAGCGAAUUUGUAUUCGACGCUCUAGAUGGGAAAGAAGCUGACACGUCAGGGGUCAACGGCCCUUCCAAAAGUGCCGAUAUCAACUAUCGCGAUGAACCAGUCGCAUUUUUCUUCGUCCUCUUCGGGAUUGCUUUCGAGGCACUCGCGACGAGGUCGGGCCAAACCGACUCCUUAGCCACCCAAGAGCAGACGCUUGAAAUACUCCAGGCUCUUAAGAAGAUCUUGCACCCGAGUGUUUCAGGCCACGCUAUCUAUAGAGAGGCUAUUUUCUCCGAGACGAUGGAUUUGCUAGAUCGCCUCGUCCUAACGGAAGGUCUCGAUGUUCAAGGGGUUAUCGUCGAAAUAGCUCGCGCUCUUUGCGUCGCUCAUCCUUCGGCAAGGAAACAGGAGCAGCCCGAGGACGGCGACCUAAGUGAGGAUAUCGAGCAGUUAUUUGAGCUCACUAGGAUCAUCGUUCUUGUCCUCUCUGGUCUAUUGCCUAACCUCACCGAGGCGAAUCAACCGGUGCGCCACCUUUUGACUGAAGAGGCCGUUCUCCUCGUGAGAACUGGGUUAAAUGCCAUUGUGGACGCGGCCGAGGUAUUCCCAUCUAUCAUCAAAACGGACCUUCAUGCGUGUAUAAUUCAUAUAUUCGCCACGAUACUUGCGACGCCUUCCUGCCAAGAGGUUAUAGUUCCUCAGGCCCUGCCAACAUUCAAGAGGUUCACGGCAAGUAUGACUAACUCUCGCAGCUCAGCGGAGGGAAAGUCUGUGACCGACAUGCAGCUGCAGGGCUGCUUACGCCGGUACUUAUCCAUCUAUCUCAAUGCACAGAAACGUGAGACCCCUACUUCCUUGCAGUGCGUCAAAAAUUGUCUGCUCGCCAUUACGAUUCUCUUCACCGGAGGAAGUAAUCGACUUGCAGCUAGCGAUCGUCUCGUCGCGAAAUUUCUAGACGAAGUGGUCGACUGCCUGACAGAUCGCAUGACUGCAAAGAUCGCGGCGAACUGCGUUCGGUCUCUCUUACUUCAACCUUCUCCUACGCAUGCUGAUCAAUCUAUUGCCCGGUAUCUUCUACCCCGUCUUAUCUCCUUCGUUGUCGACACGGAACCUGAGGAUCCAGAGGACGCGCGCAAACUUGUAUCGCACACCUUGACGCAGUACGUCGCGACCCUGGGGAGUGGGCACACUCAGAUUGCUAUGUCUAUCAUAGUACCGGCAGUGUUGUCUCGCGCCUCUAGCGAAGGUGCUGAGGUGUAUCAUGAGACGAGCGCAAGAUUGCUGGAGCUGGCCUCAGCAGACCAAGCGGGCUUCAGAGGUGUAGUAGCAGCAAUGAGCGAUGGUCAAAAAGCCUUCAUGGAGGAAGUUAUUCGUUCUGGCCGGCAGACGCGUGGCCCAGCGAAGGGUUCCGAUAACCCAGGGCAGCCGAGCAUUGCGCUAAAGAUGGACUUUGGAGGUUGAGGGAUGAACUGCAUCAGGCAAGUCAGGAUUGCCGUACAUGUGGACAAAUAGUAUCAUAUCGAGUCAUGUCUAUCAUUACCUAAUCUACCUACCCAUAACCCAGUUUAUCUGUGAUGAGUUUCCGAGAGCCAGGUGCAGCACACCAUCUGCUAUGAAACCUC